UGAAUAUUCUUUAACAUACAAUACCAUCAUGUCUUGGACAUAGGAGCGUCAACAUUUGUGAGUACAAUGCAUCUUUCAUACGAAGACGUAGCGUAUUAAACAAUACUGGAGGCUUCCCAGUCUUCAACACAGAAACGAGUUGAGCUACUGCCUUGCAAAUAUGGCAAGACAAUAUAUUGCAAUACUGCUUUUACAAUAUUCAAAAUUAUUGGGCACCAAAAUGAUAUAGCCCAAAACAGUCUCGAAUCCGGAUCUCUUUUGUGCGUUAUGUGAUCCAAACACUGUGUUUUGUUGACAAAGUGUCUACGAUGACAAAAAGCGAGUUAGCAGCACUUGCGCUGGAUGAAUUUAGCCCAAAUUGUGAAGAUAACAAGCCACAUACGAUUGACAUAUACUUGCAUAAAGUUGUGAAUGCAUUGUUCUUAAUCCGGCAAUUCACAAUGAGGUUUGUGGAGCGAAUGGACUCAUGUCCGUUGCUCGCUCAUUUUUCUCAUGAUCUGAAAACUUAUGUACAAAAUUCAACUACAUCAACGUGACAACUUACGUGGCUCUGACUUUUAUCGAAACUUUGUCGAGUAGAAAAAACAAAAACCAAUAUCUACCAACGACGUCGUCGUUCACGCUUUUUGGAUGUACUGCUUACAGUUUUGGUUGAGCAUACUUUAUUGUUGUCAAACAAGAUGCAGUAGAUGCUUGCUUGUCUGCUGAUUGAUGUAUUGUGUUGCUGUAGUUCAAAGACAUUUGGAAGUUGUGAAUACUUAUUGUGCUUUCGUCACUAGUGGUAUAUUCACGGGAUUACUCUCAAUAGACCAAAGACUAUCAAAGUCACAAACCAUUUCUAAACAUGCAAAUGAUGUCCACGUCACAUGAACGAGCAUCUGGUGUGCUUCAUCACUUGUUUCAAAAAUCUCAUCGUGCAACUGGACAAAAUGUUGUCUCAAAUACUGCAGUUGUUGCUUUGCAAAAAACUCACGAGAUGUCGCUGUCGCGAUGUCUGGGAUUUGUGACCUGGCAAAUAAUCAGGAGCAUUCUACACUGAAAGGUUUUGGCUCUUUUGCAGGUAAUUUAGUACCAUUCGUCUUUUCAUCAUUGACCGAUCCCCGACUACUUACUUUGAUUGUAAUUCUGUCAAUCUUUCGCUUCGCUUGGAGCUUGAAUCAAACUAUCGAGUACCGCAAGUCCACUCGCUGAUCGAAGCAUUCUGCUUCUGUUAGUUCUACUCCAGAGUUGUCGAGAUAUCGACCUUAAAGGAGUGAAAGGUCAUUUGACGCGUGAAAACGACGCAACUAUCCAUGUGAACUCAAAGACGAAGGUACUGUUCCGGGAUCUGCUCAAGGUCCUCGGCCGCUGCGUAACGUUUGAAACAAGCCACUUUCAGCUGUGCACGCUGCUAUAUUCAUGCUCAACAGUGCAGUGGCAAAAGUUGAGAUUAAACUUUUGGAAUGCACUCUGUGUUAAGCACAGUAAUGCGCUUUCAGUCAAUAAUACGUGCUAAGACGUCAACGGACGAUAUCCUUGACGCUGAUAUUGUGCUCGGGAUAAUACGUGCAGAGUACCUAAGUCUUUUGGUGGCUUGCAAUUUAGGCUCAUGCAAAGGUGCAAACACUCAGUAAAUUAUGACGACGCCAAUUAUCGAAAUGAAGGGGGGAGUGAUCCGGAGGAGUUUUUCGUGCCAUACUUACUCAAGAGCAAAUCUUUGAUUUCUGCUGGAAAGUUGACAAGAUCACGUGAUUUAUACCUAGCGACUUGGCUGCAGUUACGAGACAAUAGCCAUAGGUAAUAAUCGACUUUAAACAUUCGCAUGUAAGCACAAGUGAUAAAAGUAUCAAUAUCGAAUGGUAGGAUGUGUUUGUAUCAAUUGAAUCACGCUGAUGAGCGUC